AUGGACGCGGAGACGAACAAAAUCCUGGGACAUCUGUUGGACGGGAGCAGGAAGAGGCGGUCGGUAAUCUCCAUUGUAGGGAUGGGCGGCCUCGGGAAGACCACUCUUGCUAAGAGAGUCGUCAACGAAGCAAAAGCCAGGUUCAGUCUCUCGGUUUGGAUCGAUGUCUCCCAGCAGUACUCAGCUGAGAGUCUCCUUCGAGACUUUCUUCGGCAGGUCACGAAGCUCAAAGUAAAGAAACUCGAGCAAAUGACGAGGACCGAGUGUGAAGCGACGGUUUACCAGACCUUGAAGGCGGAGAACUACUUGAUCGUCAUGGAUGACGUGUGGGACAAGGAGGUCUGGACAAUCCUCAGUCCGCAUCUCCCAGACGCCGAGAACGGAAGCCGGGUGCUCAUCACCACCCGCUACGUCGACGUCCCCCGAGCUGCGGACCCAUCUACCCCUCUCCUUGAGCUGCGGCUACUUAGCAAGGAGGAGAGCUGGGAGCUCCUCUCCAAGAAGGCGUUCCCGUAUCAUGGAGGAUAUCGAAGCAGUCUGUUCAGAACCGCUGAGGAAUGUCGGGAAAGAAAUCGCGAGGAAAUGCGGGGGCCUGCCUCUGGCUCUGGUGGUGCUCGGCGGUCUGCUGUCCACGAAAGGUCCAUCACUCGGGGCGUGGAAGAGGGUCGCGGAGACGCUCGUCUGGGAAACCAGCAAAGAUGGCCGAGUGUGCUUGGAUAUACUGGCGCUGAGCUACGAGGACUUGCCCCGUCGCCUAAAGUGUUGUUUCCUUUAUUUCAGUUCUCUUCCAGAGGACUUCGAGAUUAAUGUCGACAAGCUGAUCGGAUUGUGGGUCGCGGAGGGGUUCGUCGAGCAAAGAGCAGGUGAAACACUGGAAGAAACUGCAGAGGAUUACCUGGAAGAGCUCGUCCAGAGGUGCAUGGUGAUACGUGUGCAAGAUGAAUCUGGCCCGAUAAUUGAGGUAAGUUGCCGGAUCCAUGAUCUGCUGCACGAUUUGACCGUUGCAGAGGAUAAGGAAGUGGGCUUCCUCGUCUCUCAGGGGAUCCGAGACAACGAAGGCGUCUCCCAACUGGAUUCCUCCGUGCGUCGGCUUUCUCUUCAGGGGGAAAAAGCGUGGUGCUGGGACUCGAAGUCCACCCCAAGACUGCGCACCUUUCUGUUUUACCUCUUUUGCCAAGUUGAUAUAAAUAGAGUCUUUAUAAUGUGGCAUAACAACUUUUGA